UAUCUGUUCGUGUUAAAGGUUACUUGCAAGCAUAGUGAAAGUUGUUCGUGUCUUUGACCUAAUUUAAUUUCUCAUGUUCCUUAAUCAUAAUGUAUAAUUACUACAUUCCAAAAUAAUAGGAACUUAUUGUAUAAUAAUUAUUGUUGAUAAUAUAUUACUGUAAUCAACAUACAAACAGAAUAGAAAUUUAAAUUGCUGCAAUGACGACCCCGGAUACACGUGACGUAAUCCGAGUUGGAUCACGAAAAAGUGAGUUGGCUUUAAAACAAACAAAAUAUGUAAUAGAAUGUUUAAAGGACUAUCACCCAACAAAAGAAUUUCAAAUAAUUACAAUGUCCACUAAAGGAGAUAAAAUCUUAGAUAAAUGUUUACCAAAAAUUGGAGAAAAGUCUUUGUUUACAGAAGAAUUAGAAAUAGCCCUUGAAAAUAGACAUGUAGAUUUUUUAGUACAUUCACUAAAAGAUUUACCAACAUCACUACCAGAAGGAAUGGUUUUGGGUGCAAUAUUAAAACGUGAAGAUCCACGUGAUGCAGUUGUUAUGUCUAAGAAAUAUAAAGAUAAGACAUUAUCUACCUUACCAGAAGGUAGUAUCAUUGGUACAAGUUCAUUACGUAGAUCGGCUCAAUUAGCUAGAAAUAUGCCACAUUUAAAAGUGGAAAAUAUUCGUGGUAAUUUAAAUACUAGAUUAAGAAAGCUAGAUGAUGAAAAUGGACCUUUUGCAGCAAUUAUAUUAGCUGCUGCUGGUUUAAAAAGAAUGAACUGGGAGCAUAGAAUAUCCCAGCUAUUGGAACCAGAAGAAGCAUUAUAUGCUGUUGGGCAAGGUGCAUUGGGAGUUGAAUGUCGAGAGGCGGAUUGGAAAAUAUUGUCUCUUUUAGAACCAUUAUAUGAUGUAGAAACAACUUUAAGAUGUGUAUGCGAACGUUCUUUUUUGAAAACAUUAAGUGGUGGAUGUUCAGCACCAGUUGCUGUUUGUUCAACUUUAGAAAAUAAAAUUCUUACAGUUACUGGUGCUGUAUGGUCCUUAGAUGGACAAAAAUUGAUCAAAGAUACUUCUAAAAGUAAACUUUAUAUACCUGAUGAUGAUGGAGAACCACCAAAAAAAUGUCCAUAUCGAGAACCACAGCUUUACUGUAGUGUUACACCUGGUAAAGUAAGCAAUUUAAGUCUUUCGGGUGCUGAACAGCUCGGUAAAGAUCUGGGAAAAAAUCUUAUAGAGAAAAACGCUCUGGAUGUUAUGGCAGAAGCAAGAAAUGAAAUUUUAAAUUCAAAAUAGUGCUAACAAAUACCAUUGUAAGAGUUAGUCUUUCUUGAUGAUGAAAACAAAUUUUAGAAAUAUGCGUUCAAAAAGUUAUAAUUUUAACAUUCAAAUUUAACUAAAAAAAGGUACAAAACAUAAUUCAUAAAAAUUCCAUAGUGCAUUAUUGUACGUUUAUAAUUUAAAGUAAAUAAUAGAUUUAUCAUAUCAUUUGUUUUACAACUUCUAUU